AUGAAUAAAUCUCAAUCCGGUAUUACAAACAAUCGCAAUAGACAUGGUAUCAUUGAUAUGAAACAAACGAAUAUCUUAGGUAAUCAAAGGCAGUCGGAAAGAUCGAUAUUUCCUCGAUAUUGGAAUGAAUCACAAAUACAAUCAGGUUUAGCUGAAGGUCAAGUAAUUUUAGCCCAUAUACGAAUCAAUCCCAAGAAGUUCACAGAUGCCUACAGCAGCCAUCCGAAAGGUGAUGCGGAUAUUUUUAUACCCGGCACGAGGGCUCGUAAUCGAUGUUUAAAUGGUGAUCUCGCAUAUAUCAAAAUUGAGCCUCUCGUUAAGUGGAGGGUCUACGACUCUUUUUUAACGAAAAAGGUCGAAGAAUGGGCUUCCGAGCACCAUGAUCGUACUAAUUCUAAUUGUCCUUACGUAUCUCUCGGUGAUUUCAUUCACCAUGAUCCUGAGGGUUUCUCAGAGGUAUGCUCCUCUUGCUUCCUUAAUUAA